AUGAACCCGAGAGAAACGGAAUGUCGUCCGCCGACCAAAACAAUUGAAGAUUAUAGGGCCGACUAUCCUCGAUUCUGCGCUUAUGUCGCUGCCAACCCCGACUUCCUAGUAUGUCGACGAUUUCUCCGACUCAGGUCCUGGCUCCUCUGCCUCAAACAGGACAAGUUGUCACAGCUCGAGGAGCAACUCGACAACCUUGACCAGAACGAGGCCUCUCCCUUGUUUCUCGGCAUGAGCAGGUGUGAUAGAAACACAGCCCGAACCUCUCUUCUCUCUCAGGCUUCUGUUCUUCUAGAUGACUACGACUCCUUUCUGGAGAAGACCCAUCGAAUACUCGGUUACGUCCAUGCUCUACCACGGGAUGUGACUAGCCUUAGGAACUGGAUGAUGAAUGGGAGUUUGAACAAGGAUGAGCGAAGAUACUUAGAUCAACAGCAAGAUCUCAUCAGUCUCGGAUCCUCAAGUGACGCAGCGAAGAAGAAUCUUGAGAAUUGGGUGGAGGAUCUUUUGGUCGACAAUUGGGAAGGAUUUCGAUCGAUUCCGGGGCACGAGGCAUCAAACGACCCCAGCGUCUACCUAUACUCGGGAUCUUUGAUCAGGAGGAUCACUGAUGUGUUGAUGCUAUCCCCGAUCGCUCUUCUUCUUCUCUGCCCCAUCAUUAUUUGCGUCCUCAUCACUUCCACGUGGGCUCGGAUCGCUGUCAUAACUUUAGCAACUUUGAUAUACUUGUCCAUCUUAUCGCGACUAACGAAGGCUAAAAUGAUCGAGCUGGUAUUGGCUGGGUCAACGUGA